CCAGAGAGCCUCCAUCCAGGCCAAGAGGCAGGGGGACAGGGGCGGGUCCUGCAUAGGCCCAGCCCCCCUUCUCCCUGCCCCCUCCCACCUGCAGCCUUUGCCUUCCUCACCUCUCCUUCCCAGACAGGCUGGGAGGCUGCUGACCCCGCCAGCUCUGGCACCCUCUCCUCAGGCAGCCGCUGCCAUCCCAGCUUAGACAGAGGGCCAUGGCCUGGGAGGCCCCGCACCUGCUGCCCCUUGUCCUCCUGGUGCUCCUGGCUGCAGGCUCCUGGGAACAGCAGCCAGAGACUCUGCGGAAACUGGAAGGGGAGGAUGUCUCUGUAAGGUGUGAAUAUGGAAUCCUGAAUGGUUUCCAGAGGAAAACCUGGUGCAGAAUAACAUCAUCAGGAACUUGUACCUUAUUAGUCACCCAUCCCAGGCUCAGCCUGGAGCCCGGAAACCCACGAUAUGUCAUCAGGGAUUACCCCAGACAGGGGUACUUCACCGUCACCAUGUCUGCGCUGGCAGAGAAGGACUCCGGCUUGUAUUUUUGUGGACCCUCUGAAUCUUCCCCGUUCGACAUUCCCAGAGGCAUCCAUCUGACGGUCUCUCCAGCCCUCACACAAGCCUCGAAUGUUACCGCACAAGUCCCAUCAACCAUCCAAGGAGAAAAGGAGCUGAGCCUGCCGCCUGCCCUGGCCCUUUCCGAGCCGCAGGUGAUGGCUAUUGUUCUGACUUGCGGAUUCGUUCUGAACAAGGGCCUGGUGUUCUCAGUCCUGUUUGUCCUUCUCCGGAAAGCCAGGGCCUCAGGCGAGCCAAACCCAGGGGAGCAGCAAAGUCACCCUUCCAGGAGCUGACGGGCAUGCCUUCCUCCCCUAGCAAACAUCACAUUCGCUCUUGUUCCCCAAACGAACAAACAAAUAAACUGAUCUCUCAGGGAGGUAAAA